AUGGCGUCAGGCCCAGAGGUGUUAGUGAAGGAACUCGAUGUCCUGGCCAAGUCUGAUUUAGGAAGUGCAUCAAUCUGGGCACAGAAGCAACUGGAAAUGCUGAGAAAGUCUUCACCCACAUCUCUCAAGAUUACUGUACGACAGCUUACCGAGGGCUCAAAAAUGUCUUUCACGGACGUAUUCCGCAUGGAGUUUCGCCUGAGCUCACGCUGCGCCCGUGGCCACGAUUUCCCCGAAGGCGUAAAAGCCCUCCUCAAAGAUAAAGGCCGGUCCCCUAAUUGGAGGCCAGAAUCCUUAGAAGCUGUUACAAACAGUGACAUAGAAACAUAUUUCGCACCACUUCCAACAGAACAGGAAUGGCACCCUUGA